CAGCCAAGAAAAUAUUCCUCCUUAAAAGAAAACAGAAAACUAAAAAAAACUAGUGAACCUCGAAAAUUCAAGAAAAAGAAUGCAUAUUCUGUGCCUCAAAAAUAAAAAAAAAUAAAAAACAGAAGAACCAAUAAAACUACAGAAAUUGAUCUGGAAACAUUGUUGACACCACAAAUUUAGAUACGCAUUUCUCAGCCAAACUUUGAUUACACGUGUCAAUUGAAUUUUGCAAUUUCAACCUCUCUUUCUCUCUCUAGAAACCCCAAGUUUUCUCACUCUCUUUUUUUUCUGGCAUACACCCACUUGUGUUAGUUGUGAGUUGCUGCAACUUGUGCGCAUUUUCUGGUUCUCAAUUGUCUUCAUUUUUUUCCAAGUUUGAAUCUUUAAAGUUGAUUUUCUGGAAGUGGGUUUUGAUUUGUGUGUAUGAAUUUGCAUUUUGAGUUCAAGAAUUUCUAGGAGAGAGAAAGAGGAGAAUGGGGUAAGCUUUGAUCUUCUGAAAGAUGUUUGAUUGGGACGACCAAGAGGAAGUUACUCUCUCAAUCGAGCGCAAGGAAAUUGCAUUGCCCGUUGAUAUCUUCACUCUCCGUAGCAUGGUUUUAAAUCUCGGAUGAGGUCACUGUCGCAAUGGCGGCUGUAGAAAUAGUUGUCGAACCACUUUGGCGGUGAAUAUGGAUGGUUUGCCGCUGUCUUGGCCUGAUAACACGGUCGUGGUUGUCAUUAUGGGAUGAGAAUGGAAAUAAGGAGGUCAUUUAAUUCACUAAGCGUCACCUUUGGCACCAAAAAGUGCCUCAUGCUUCCUUUAAGGAUAUUUUUCUGGUGUUGUGGCUUUUUAUGUGGUUACUGUUUACCUUGGGUAUCAUAGCUUCCUUAUUUUUAAGAAAUGAGUUUAGGUCUUGAAGGACCUUAAUGAUAAGUUACUUUUUAUAAGUUUCAACAUAUAUCUUCUCCAAUUCCACAAAUUCACUUGCAUGACAUAGAUUUCUUGAAUGACGGAGAUGAAUGUUCUAACCACCUAUGCCAAUAACCAUGCUACUGGAGUACUCAUCAAGUUGCACUUAAUCCUGUGAAGUUUUAUUUAUUUAUUUGCGAAUGGCUAGUGUCUAGUGAUGUUAGCAAAAUAUGAUUUCUGAGUAGUUGGAAGGGUUAUUAUUAUAUUAAGUUUGGGUGGAAAUCCAUGUUUAUAUGUUUUGCCUGAACUGUUGAUAUGAUGAUUAAAAUUGAUGUUAAGAAAUAGUUUUACUACAUAAAUUAUAGUUGGGAAUGUCCAAUAGUCCAUAAGAUUCACCAUCUUGUGUUUUGGAUCAUAUGGGACUAACUAAAUUUGUUUGCACAACAGGCAAUUGGAAACAACCUUUUUGCCUAUUUAGGAUAGCAAAUAUUCUAUGGGGUGAAAAUAGAGAAGCUGACGACCACAUUGUGCCUUAUCCAGAAGAUAUUGACAAAAAGGUUUUGUCUGAUUUUGGCGAUAAUGACCAAAAAGCAUUGAUUAGAGAAGAUUCAGAAAGCAAGGCUGCUGAAGAAAGAAUAUCUACUUCUAAGUUGUACAUAGAUGGAAGUAAAAGAGAUAAAACUGAUGGUCUUUCUGCUUCAGGAGCAGUUGUUGAUUCUCAACUUGAUUUGCCUUCAAUUUCUGCUUCAAAAACUGACGACAGUGGCAUAGCUAAGAAACGCCAGUGUGAUAUAAAUCCGGUGAUUUCUGGGAAUCAUCAUGAGGACAAGGACCUUGGUGAUCUUGUUAGCAACAGCUGGACUAGCAUUGGAAGUUUUGAUGACCUUGAUCGGAUAUUCAGCAACGAUGACCUAGAUGGCAACACCAGUCUUGGCAGCACAGAUGAGCUUUGGUCUUCACCUAAGGAUCUCACAAGUGGGGCAGCUAAAUCCUCAUCUGUGGCUCUAGGCUUAACGAACUGGGAAUUUGGAGUAUUAGGAAAUACCUCUGCUAAUAAUGAGAUCAAUUCUAAAUAUCUGCACAACAAAGACCCUGCUGUAACAACAGGCUGUCAAAAGGCAGAUGUCUCACCUUAUCCUGGACGAACCAUUGGCAGACAUGUGGAACAAGAGGAAUAUGCUGUGCAGACUACAAGCUUGGUUGAGGAAAAGAAAGGAUUGGGCAUCAAGACAGCAAUUGAUUCUCAUAUUGCUGGUGAAAAUAUUGCAUCUCGUAGCAUGUCUGCAGAAAAGGUGAAAUGGUCUAAAUGUGAGUCAAAGCAUGAGCAGGCAACUGACAGAAUAACUGAUUCUGCACUGCUGCAGGAUGUAUAUGACACAUGGCCAUCAGCUGCAGCCAAUGUUCCACAAUUUGGUCGCCAGUGUGCUAAAUCUACAACACAAAAUCAUCCAGAUAUAGUUCCUGUUCAACAACAGUUGUCACAGGAAUUUAAGCGCAUGGCACAGCAACAUUAUUCAACUCCAUAUGGUUUCCCUUAUGCAUACGGGAAUUUUGCCAGUCAAUAUCCAGUCAUGCGCACAUUGAAACCAAGAGAAGAUGGAAACCAUUCUAUUCUCUCUAAUUCUGAAGCUAGUCCUGGUGACGUAAUAUCUUUGAACAAACCUUUUGAGGCUAAUACGAAACCCACAAAGAUGACACCCCAGGAGAAGAUUGAAAAAUUGAGGCGGCGGCAGCAAAUGCGAGCAAUGCUUGCUAUUCAGAGGCAGAAGCAGCGAUUAGGUCACCAAGCUUCGAGUGGGGAUCACUCCCUUUCUCGGAGAAGUUGCCAGGAGGCUACAGUCCGGCAUAUUGAAAAAACUGAUCUUGACACUGAUGAGAUCUUAAGCACUCUGCCAUGCUACGAUCCAGGUUCUCCAAACAAAGGAGAGGAUUCUAGUACAAUUUCCAACGUCAAUGACUAUUCAGUGGAAGACACAGUUCUCUACCAGCUUCAAGAUAUUAUGUCAAGACUGGACAUGAACAUAAGGAUGUGUAUAAGAGACAGCUUAUAUCGAUUGGCUCAAAAUGCUUCACAAAGACAUUAUGCUAAUGAUACAAGCACUACUAAAAGGAGCAACACUUAUGAACCUGAUGUUGCAAAGGAAGACACGAAUAGUCAUGAAAGGUCUGCUGGAAAUGCAGAUGUGGAGACUGAGACCAACCAUAUAGAUCGAGCUGUUGCACACUUGCUCUUUCAUAGACCUCUUAAGUUAUCAGUUAGACAUACUGAUACACUAGAGUCACCCACAUCAAUGAAAGUCUCAACCCAACUAGAAACUGCUCCUCCAAGAAGCCUGCCAGUUGGUUUGGUGGCUAAGAGCUCGGAAAAUGAAUGUAAUCUAUCUUUGUAUGGAUCAAAAAGCCCUCUGGCAUUUUUCGAUUCCCAUGAGGAAGAUGUCCCUGAUGACUUGUCUAGGAACGAGAUGACAAUCAAUCCACAAAUGAAACAAACAAUGGCAGAGCAUGCAGAUUGAACUUUGUAUGCAAUUGAAGAGAUUUUUAUCAGGAUGAUAAGGGUAAUUCCUUUCUUUAUAUCUUAGUUAACUUGCAUUUGUAAGCUGAUCUACCAGAUUACUUGUAAUUGGAUGGUUCUCUUUCUUUCUCAGCCGACUUGGUCUGUGCAAGGCGCAUGUCAUGGAGGUCACUUAAUUUUCUUGCUGCAGACUGAGGCAUCUGUCUACUUAACUUAAGCCAGUUUAUCUCCCUAGUCAUCUUAAUCUUCUGAGAUAUGAUGACUGCUCAUUUUGUUUGUGGGCAUUACUAUAUUCCAAAUGAAGUUACCUGAUUUUGUGGAAGUAAACCCACACACCGACUUGGUGGCAUGUGUAUGAAUUUAGGUUGUUGAUACCUAAUAAACUAGUUAAACUGCCAAGGGGGAUUUUACAGUAUGAUCUAUCAUCCCCAUUUAGGUCUAUUAAAUUCAAAUCCUAUAGUAUAUUACUCGAGCUCUUCAUUUUAUUUCAA